AUGUCAAAUUAAGAGAUCAAUGAACUACCCCCACUUAAAGUUAAUGUGCCAUCAUUCCUUUUAAAAACUUAUGAAAUUCUAGAAGUAAUAAAUUCAUAUCAUUUUUAGAAUUCAUCACUCUCUCACAUUAUUGGCUGGAAUCAUGAGGGAAAUGCGUUCAUAGUAUUCAAUACAAAUGAAUUGGCGUCCAAAGUCCUAGCCAAUUACUUUAAGCACAAAAAUUACCCAAGCUUUUUGAGGUUAUACUGCUUUUCACAAUAGAUAGUUGAAUAUGUACAACUUUAAGAAAACAAAAAAUCAAUAUGGAUAAAGUGAAUUCAGACAUAAAUGGUUUAGACGAGGUCUCAAGUAUCAUUUCUCAAUAAUUAUGUUCAUAGAAGUAUGCUCCAGUACAUCCGCCGAAGAAAUUAAGAAGAAUCUGAGCAUAAAAUUGAAACAAAAGACAAUAAUCAAGAGCUUGACAACUAUAAAAAAGAGCAUGAAGAGAUGAGACAAAUUGUGAGAGACAUUUAAAUUACAUAAACAAAAAUGUAAGCUGAUUUCACUACUUCUUCUGAAUCUAAUGCCACUGUCAGUCGUUCGAAUAGCUAAGUUUUAUAAGUAAUGUGGUCUUCUAUUAUUAAAGUGUCUUAAUCAAAUGCAACAAUAGUUCAAUAAAAAGUUUGAUACAAUUUCUUUACUUCUAGCUAAAAUUGUUUCCAACCUCCCUCAAAUUUGUAACAAAUCCCACUCAUUUUAAUAGCUAUUUAGAUCGGAGACAUUCUUAAAAAUUCUUAUGAAGAACCUUCACCUGGAAGAUCUGAAUCCAAUUACGUCAUACCAUAUAACNUCAUAAUCUUAUCAAUUUUGUAUACUUCCUUUAUUCUUUUUACUUUCUAUUUGUUCAAUUUCUCUAAUUCUAUUUAUACUUCCCCAUUAUAUACUCAAUUUACUAUCUUCUAAUUUUAUUCCUCUCUGCAUUAAAGACUAAAAUAUAAAAUUUUUUAUCUGAUUCCAGAAUUCUAUGACCUCAAAAAAUUAACUUUUUUUUUAAUUAAAUUAAAAAUUAUUGCCAAGUUUAUUCAUUCAUAAAACAAAGUCUUAUCACUUAUUUAUCCUCUGAUCUUUAAUAUAUAGUCAUUUUUAUGUUAAUAAUGA